CCUCCUCUCUUUCCUCUAUUUUGGUAGAUUCAUUUCAAUUUCAAAUUCACUGAUUUCCAUUUAUUGCUACCCACUUACAUCACCAUCUCCCUCCCCUCCUCUCCCCCUUUGACUUCCAUUUCCUUCCUUUUCUCUCUAUUUUGUUUUCUUUCAUAAAAAAAAAAAUUAAAAAAAUCCCAUAUUUUCUUCAUAUUUAGAGUACAUUGUUCAUUUGUAAAAAACCCAUCUAAAAGAAAUGGAGCAUCCAUCAAUGUUACUACCUCCGCCACCGCGGCCACCCCUACUUCCACCACCACCACCGCACCACAAAAGUUUUCAGCCUUCAGCCUUAAAUUUAGACAACAAAAUCAACCCAAGUAUCAUCCUAAUCAUAAUCAUCCUGGCAAUAAUAUUUUUCGUUUCGGGAUUACUUCACCUUUUAGUUAGAUUUUUACUAAGACCUAGCCAAAGAAACCCAGAUGAAUUUCUGGAAAAUGUGACCGCACUCCAAGGGCAGUUACAGCAACUCUUCCAUCUUCACGAUGCUGGUGUUGAUCAAUCUUUCAUUGACACUCUCCCUGUUUUUCAGUACAAAACGAUUAUCGGUCUUAAAGACCCUUUCGAUUGCGCUGUCUGUUUGUGCGAGUUCGAGCCUGAUGAUAAGUUGAGGCUGUUACCGAAAUGUAGCCAUGCUUUUCAUGUCGAUUGCAUUGAUACAUGGCUUCUUUCUCACUCCACUUGCCCGCUUUGUCGAGCGAGCUUGCUGCAGGACUUUGGGGCUACAAAUAAUUUCUCACCGGUUGUUUGUGUUCUUGAAUCGGGGAGUAACACUGUGGAAAGCUCCCGGGAGUUGGAGAGGGGGAAUAGUUCGAAUCAUCGGGAUGAAUUCGGGUCAAACCGGAGUGACACGGCGGAGGAGGUUGCAAAGACGAAGAAGAAGGAAGAUAAGAUUGUUACGGUUAAGCUGGGGAAGUUCAGAAAUGUGGACGGCGGUGAAGGAAGUAGUGAUAUUAUUACUACUACAAAUAACAGUAGUAAUAAUAAUAAUACUCAAAAUGGUGGUGGUGGCGGUGGCGGCGGCGUUGGCGGCGGAAGUGGUGGUGGAAAUAAUCUGGGUUCGAGGCGGUGUUACUCCAUGGGAUCAUUUGCGUACGUUUUAGACGACGCAACAUCAUUGCAAGUACCUAUAAGAACGCCGAUAAAGAAGGCGAGAACGACUACUAAAAACAAAUCCGGGUUAAAAGCCGGGCAAAGAUCCGCAAUGUCGGAGUACGGAGGUGGCGAUUCGAGGAGGGAGUUCAACGGGAUCGACGCUUUUCGAAGCCUCGAGAUUCUUGGGAAUAAUAACAAUGGUGGUGGAAGUGGGAGUACUAGUAACAAAGAAAGUUUUUCGAUCUCGAAGAUUUGGUUAAGAGGUAAUGGAGAUAAAAAUAACAAAAAAUCAGGGAACGUUAUAGGCAACGGAAAUGGUAACGGUAACGGGAACGUUAUUGGCAUUAGCAAUGGAAAUGGUAAUGGAAAUGUUAUUAUUGGCAACGGAAAUGGUAAUGGUAACGGGAAUGAGAUGGAUAGGUCAUCGAGGAGGACGAUUUCGGAGUUUGAAGUAGAUGUGAGUGAAUUAGGAAUUGAUGAAGAGACACAAAGUUGUUAUAGUGUUGAUUCACUUGCAAAUCCAACUACAACAACAUCUUCUACUAGAAGAACACUUCUUUGGCUAAUGGGAAGACAAAACAAGAUUGUUCAUAAUCAUUCAUCCUCCUUUUCAUCAAAUAUUUAGCUUAUUUUCUUGGAAAUUUUCUCAUACAACUAUUGGUGUUUUAUUUUAUAAGGUAAAGUUCUUGUUAUUUUCUAGUACUAUUUUUUUCGUAGAUUUUCGAGUAGAAUAUUGGGUUAUAAAAUGAAAUUGAAAUUGGUAUGAUAUCAUAUCAUAUACAAGUAGAUACAAAACAGAAUUUUGUGCAUGUGAUUGGAAGAUAAUUAAACACUUUAUUUAGUGAAAGAAUAGAUUGGAAACUUCAUUUUGUACUAUUAAAUCUCAUUAUUUUAUGUUUCAAGAUUCUUUUA